AUGUGGGGUGGGUACGGGUCUGGAGUACACUAUGAUCUGAUGGAGGUGUAUCACUUACCAACUGGUGCUUGGGACCAGAAAGCUACUACUGGUACCCCACCACCAGGUACCUGGGGCUAUUCAUCUAAAGCUAUUGGGAAGGACAUAUAUUAUUUCGGUGGAUUUGAUGGUCGUUAUCAAAACAGCUUACAUUGUUUCAAUGUUGAUUCAUUCAAGUGGAGGAAACUCUCUCCUUCUAGUUCUGAUCAUGGUCCAAUGAAAAGGCGCUACUCUGGAAUGGUGUCAGCUCAUUUUGACGGUGAAGACUAUCUUGUAAUAAUUGGAGGAAUUGGAUCAUCUUCUAUCAAUAUUCCAAAGCAGCCUGAUGCUCAGUAUAUAAAUUCUUAUGGUGAUUUAAGAUUUACUAAUAACACUGCAGUAAUGUUUGGAGGUGAGACUGAUAUUGGAAGAAGUAAUAAACUGUACAUGAUAAGUUUCACUAAGAUAUCAGUGGAUAUAUUAGAAGUACCUAAUCCUGGAGGAUCAGUACAAUGGCCUAAGGGAAGAUGGGGUCAUUCCAGUGUACUCAUUACCACUAGUUCAGGACCACACUUACUGGUGGUGGGUGGAUAUCCUGCCUAUGAUGUUUGGUUACUGGACAUUAACAAAAGAAAGUGGAAAGAACUGGCAAGUAUUAAAUUAUGA